UUCUCUUUUAGAUCUCUAACAGAGCACAGAAGAGAGUUUUCUAAAACUGGCUUCUCAACUGAGUGGCUUCAUUUCCAGAGUGGUCAGAAGUUGGUUUAUAUGCGGUUGGAUAUGCAGUUGCGUUUUGCACACAGCUACAACCUUUUGCCACAAAGAGGAGAAACUCCGCGGGAGGAAACAUCUCGGCGCGGUGCUCUUUGGCUGAAGUGCGGGCAUGACAUCCGUCCUGGGCACCAGCAGGGCGUCGGGAGCGCCGAGCGGGCUGCUGAAAUGCAAGUCCAAGAGGAGGAGGAGGAGGAGAUCAAAGAGGAAAGAAAAAGUAAGCAUAUUGUCAACCUUUAUAGCCCCCUUCAAGUACCUGAGUCCUGGCGCAGCCACCAUGGAGGAUGAAGACAAUUUAAGUACCAGCAGUGCAGAAGUAAAGGAGAACCGAAACGUUGGCAACCUGGAGGAUCAUCCAGUAUCCUCUAAUGAGAGGGCAAGAGGGGGAACACCUAGCAGUAAGAGGAAAAGGCCCCUGGAGGAUGGCAAUAACGGCCAUUUCUGCAAGCUCCAGCUCAUCUGGAAGAAGGUCUCCUGGUCAGUGACGCCAAAGAAUGCCCUGGUCCAGCUGCACGAGCUCAAGCCAGGUUUGCAAUACAAAAUGGUUUCUCAGACGGGCCCAGUGCAUGCCCCGGUCUUCGCCGUGGCUGUGGAGGUGAACGGACUCACCUUCGAAGGCACGGGGCCCACGAAGAAGAAGGCCAAAAUGCGCGCAGCAGAGCUGGCUCUGAAGUCGUUCGUGCAGUUCCCAAACGCCUGCCAAGCGCACUUUGCCAUGGGCAACUGCAUCAACCCAUCCACGGACUUCACCUCUGAUCAGGCAGACUUCCCAGACACCCUGUUCAAGGAGUUCGAACCCUCUGCGCACAGCGAGGACUUCUCUGUCUAUGACCCCGUCGACAAGGAGCUGCUCUCCACCGCCUGCCGGCACGGCCGCCUGCUGUGCCACACACUGGACCUGAUGGGCCACAGCAAGCAGAGCAGGCACAGGGCAGCCUGCAAGGCAGAGAGCGAGCAGAACCCAGUGGUGCUGCUGAACGAGCUGCGGUCGGGGCUGCGCUACGUCUGCCUGUCGGAGACGGUGGAGAGGCAGCACAUCAAGAGCUUCGUGAUGGCCGUGCGCGUGGACGGGAGAACGUUCGAGGGCUCGGGACGCAGCAAGAAGCUGGCCAAGGGGCAAGCCGCGCAGGCGGCACUGCAGGCCCUCUUUAACAUUCGGCUGCCCAGCCACAUGCCCAGCAGGAGUAAAUGCCACCACUUGCCACAGGAUUUUGCUGAUUCCAUAUACCAAAUGGUUGCACAGAAGUUCCAGGAGCUGACAGACAAUUUCACUUCCAUGCACGCACGCCACAAAACUCUUGCAGGCAUUGUGAUGACCAAAGGUCUGGACAUCAGGCAAGCUCAGGUUAUUGUGCUGUCAUCGGGAACCAAGUGUAUAAACGGGGAGUACAUUAACGACAAAGGGCUUGCGGUCAACGACUGCCACGCAGAAAUCCUGGCCAGAAGGGCAUUUGUUCACUUCCUCUACUCACAGCUGGAGUUACACUUAAGCAAGCGGCGAGAGGACUGGGAGCGCUCCAUCUUCGUGCGGCUGAAGGAGGGAGGCUACCGGCUGCGGGAGAACAUCCUGUUCCACCUGUACGUCAGCACCUCGCCCUGCGGAGAUGCGCGCCUGCACUCGCCCUACGAGCUCACGGCCGGCCUGAACAGCAGCAAGCACAUAGUGAGAAAAUACCGCGGGCACCUGCGCACCAAGAUCGAGUCUGGAGAAGGAACCAUCCCGGUGCGGUGUCACAACGCGGCGCAGACGUGGGACGGCGUGCUGCUGGGAGAGCAGCUCAUCACCAUGUCCUGCACCGACAAGAUUGCCAGGUGGAACAUCCUUGGGCUCCAGGGUGCUCUCCUCAGCUCCUUCAUCGAACCCAUGUACUUACACAGCAUCAUUGUGGGAAGCCUCUAUCACACUGGUCACCUUUCCCGGGUAAUGAGCCAUCGAAUAGAAGACAUUGGUCAGCUGCCAGCUUCGUACCGGCGCAAUCAGCUGCUUCUCAGUGGGGUGACCCAUGCUGACGCUCGGCAGCCCGGGAAGUCACCUGGCUUCAGUGUGAACUGGAUCGUGGGGAGCACCGACCUGGAGGUCAUCAAUGCCACGACAGGGAAGAGGACCUGUGGCAGUCCCUCUCGGCUCUGCAAGCACAUGUUCUUCGCUCGCUGGGCAAAGCUGCAUGGCAAGCUGAGCACACGAACACCAAGCCAUGGAGAUGUGCCACCAGUGUACAGCGAGGCAAAGCUGGUGGCUCAGACAUACCAGUCUGUCAAGCAGCAGCUGUUUAAAGCAUUUCAGAAAGCUGGGCUGGGCACCUGGGUGAAGAAACCCCCGGAGCAAGAUCAGUUCCUACUAACUGUAUAAAUCACUUGACACCUUUGCUACGUGACUGGUUUAAAUCAGCUGGAGAGAAGGCUAGGCAGGACAUGUGAGCUGAGAGAACUGAAGCAGUCUGAGAUUUAACAGCAACCUCCAUGGGACAUUUGCUUUUAAUUCUGUACUGGAAAACCGUCCCUAGGCCUGCGUCUGAUGCACUGAACUCCACUUCAGAAAACUGCUUUGUCAUAGGCCCUUCCCCACCCCCACAAAGAUUCUGCUUCUCCCCGGUUGUUGCUGACUGGCGGCAUUAGCAGGCCACCUGUCUGAUCUCAAACAGUCUGUUUUCCUUCACACGGUCACCACUGUGGACAAUAGUGAGCAAAGAUGAAGCACACGGUGUGACAGCAGGCCUCAGAGCAUCCGUAACCACCCACUACAAGGUGUCUGACCUCUAUGCAAAACCCCUCCUCUGUUAGCUGCCUAAAUCCAUGAGAGAGAAUUUGGACCUCAAAGGGAUGCAGCAUUUGUAGCUCCAUUUCCCACUGCUGUCGCUGAGCACCAAGCUGGCUGUCAGGAUUCCCUUGGUUUUCACAACUGGUCCCUCUGGCGCCUUGAACAAACCAAUUCUCACCAAAUCCUCCAAUCUAGCCACAAGUUUUGCAUGCUGCAGUUUUACUUACCCAGACCCAGUUCAUUGUUGGUGCCCUUUAGACACCAGCCUGGGUGCAGAUGCUCUUCAAGAGAGCAAUUCAACUCUGCUCUGCAGGGAUUGCCAGUGAAGACCACUGCAACAAUGCUCCUGGCUCCAGAGCUUCAGGUAGCUGCCUACAACCAGGCAGGCUAGAGCCACAACCCAGAGGCUCAUAUUUCCAAGCUUCUGACAAUCCACAGCUCCAAAUGAAGUGGGUGUGAGCUCAGGAUGCUGGGUUGGGCAGCUGCACCUAAGACAUCCCAAACAAAAGAGAGUGCAUUUGAUGCUUGGCUCUUUCCUGCCUCCAUUUCUCCACCUGUCAGCCUGGGCUAACCACGCUUAACCUGCUUCACAUUUAAGAGGCUUGGCAGGACUGCUCUGGUCAUACACAGUGGUGUGAACAGAUUCUGUUCAGAUACAGAGAUUCUGUCAGGCUUGUGAUGAGUUUUACUUCCCUGUGUAGUCCAACUGCUCUAAGUGCAAGAGGUGCAGCCAUAAGCUUGGGUGAGGCCUCAGUGAGUGCAAGAGCUGCCAGGUUCUAGCUCUCUGCAAGUGCCCAGUGUUGGUGGUGUUCAGCUGCAGCUUGGGAAGCAGGUGGGGUUUUAGCUAGGAGAUGAGUAGCACCCAGUAAUUAAAUAUGUUCUCUGUAACUGUGGUUGGGUCUGACGCAAUCCUCCGUGAACCAUCCUGAGCUUCAUCAGCAGGCAGAAGGUAGUGGUGGGAGAACUGGGCUUUGCUAGUGCCACCUCAGAGCCAGGGCCCAGGGCGUUUCUUUGCCCUUGGGUUUCUCAAAGGACAGGAUUUGCGGGUAUGUAGCUCCAGUUUUCUUUCCACCCUGGGAGUCUCUUUGCUUCUGUACAUACCAAACGCUGCUGCUGAUCUGUGAGCAUUGUCUCGGUGCUGUCUCAGCACCGGCAGGCUGAGUCCAUGGUCAAACAGCACAAGGCUCCCACGUUCCCCACAGCACGGGGUAACUGUUCCUAUCAGUAACGAUACCUGCUCUUUGUGUAGGGUUUGUUGUGUCUGGAGAGCCAUAUGCAGUAAAUCCCUUGUUUCUUGAUGCCCACCAUAGAGUAGCUACAGUAUUUUGAGGAGAUUUUAUUUUUAGAUGAUGAACUACAAGAUGUAUCUAUAGUGUCUUGUAUAAAAGCAAUUGUGAUACACUAGAGUUUUUAAAUUAGAUGAAACAAAGCUCUCCCCUUCAGAAGAAGACAUUCCAUGUUAACUACCAAAAACGUUUUCAAAAAAUACCCUUAGAGUAGAGAUAGUUUGAAAGAAAAAUAAAAUAACUGACUCUGGGAGGUUUUGGUGAUGGAGCCAUUUUGUGGCAAAUGCUUUGGUACUGCCCUGACCGCUUCGGCAGCUCUUCUGGGUAACAUUCAGGAAGCUUUGGCACCUUCUGGAGCUUCCCAGAACCUCCAGAUGGCCCUGCCCUCUAACACAGCUGUCACUGGUACUGACCUCCAGUGCCAUCUGGGCAGCAGAGGUGCCCAGAGAGGCAGCAGGUGGGGAGAGGUCAAGCCCCAUGACUGGAGGCACAGGAAAAGCUGUGGGUGACGCUGGCAGUGGUGGUCCCAGGGACUCUGGCUGCUCUCACCAAGGAAGAGAGACAAGAGGGCAACCAGGGAGGAGAACCUCAUGCAAACAUCAGAGGACAGGGAGAAGCAACGUUCUCCUCUCCCAGUUAGUCCUUGUCUAGCACACAAGGGACCUCAGUGGCUCCUCCUUACCUCUUUCUACCCUCAUUCACCCUCUGGCCAAACCUGGCAUGCCCUCAGCUCAGCUAAAGCAUACAACUCCACAGGCUGCUGCUGGAGCUAUUGUCAAAGCAAAGCACCAUGCCUGGCUGGCUGUUUUUAAGGACAAAAGUUAAAACUGGUGAGACUGAAUUGUCCAUUGUUGCAGGAAAUGGGUAAAUGCACCCUUGGACUCAGAACCAGUUUAGCAGCAGGGACCAAACCAAGUGCCCGCUGCAAGCAGGCAUCACAUGAGCUCAUUGAAGACAACGGAGUUGCACUUGCUUGGACUAGGGUUGAAAAUUACCUUAAUGUCUACUUCUCAUUACGUGCAGAGAGAGAGUGUGGUGGGGCCACAUCCCGGAAGCACACCUGCCCUACACACAGCAUUUCCUGAAGCAGAGGAAGCAUUGCUCAGUAGUGCUCCUUUAGUGCCGAGGCUGUACACACACACGCAUGAGUGGCUGGCAAGGCUGUACCAGCAGGGACGUUUGUAAUAUUUGUACAAAAACACAACCAAGACAACAGCAGAAGAAAAUAAAUCUGAAUUUGCAUAUGUGAAUUUGCUGCUAAGUUCUGUACAGUGCACUUCAGUGAUACCUGAUAAGUGAAUGUUUCUGUUAAGUGAAUAAAAUGCCAAGUAAAAUUGUUCUUCCA